GGAAGAGGAGCCAUGCAGAGUUGUUGUUGGAGGAGGUCCCCUUUGCUUCUUACAGGACAGCAAAUCGCAUUCAAGAAGUUGGAGGAGGUGUAUGGCACCUUUGAUGCGCCUUCACAGAGGAAUGGCUUCUUUCUGCCAAGGCCCAAGAUGACCAACGCUGACCUUGGCAGGAUCAUCAACUCUGAUGAGGUGCAGUCUGUCGUUAAGCCAACCAACAAGGAGAUAAAGCUCAGGAAGAAGAGGAGGAACCCGCUCAAGAAUGUGGCUGCAGUGCUCAAGCUGAACCCCUACUUUGGCACUGCCCGCAGGAUGGCUACCCUCGUGGAAGCUGCUCGCAUGAAGGCAAGGAAGGAGAAGAUUGCUUCCAAGAGGACCAGGCUUAGCCCGGAGGAAGCUGCCAAGGUCAAGGCUGCUGGCAAAGCAUGGUACGAGACCAUGAUAUCCGACAGUGACUACACUGAGUUUGAUGUCUUCUCGAAGUGGCUCGGUGUGUCGCAGUAAGCAUGUUCUGAUUAAGUUUUGGGUACUAGUCCUGUCAAGUUAAGUCAGCGAGAACUUCCCAAAAGGAUUCUCGUUUCUCUAUAAUCCUAUUAUUAGCUGAGUUUUUUUCCCCGAGAAUUCUGCUAUGUCCGUUUUGUGUUUCUGUUGUCGUGAGAACAUGUAUAUGAUGUGGUUCAAACUGUAAAUUGUGUUGUGUGUUAUCAAUCUGGUUGGUGAUUGAUGCAUUUCAUGGCGUCUAAUUAG